AAUGGCUGUGCAUUGAAGAGAAUGGUGGAUGAGUCUGACGACUAUUAUUGGUGGAAGUUCAGGGCUGCUUGAUAAAAAAAGCAAGACGGAUUGAGUGGCAGAAUUCCAAUUGCAAUUGUCGUUUCAAUUUCAAAUCUGGCUUCAAGUACUUUAUUCUCCUUCUCUCUUCUGUCCUUAUUGAAUUUUCUGUCAAUAUCACGCACACCUUUUUUAUUUUUAUAAUACUUUCAAAAUGACCUUUGCCUGGAGAACCGCCGGUAUUAACUACCUCCAGUACAGCAACAUUGCUGCCCGCGCUCUGCGUCGGGUCAUCAAGACCGACCUUCAGGCUGAGAUCGCCAAGCGUCAGGGCAUCACCAUCAAGUUCGCCAAGUGGGACAACGGCAAGUCCAGCGCCUCGGUCAACAUCCCCGCCAUUGAGACCCGCGCCAAGGUUGAGAACUAGAGGGUUCCCGUCAGGUCUUUUGUUUUUAGAGAUGAUUUUGAAAGGGCGCUUACUUUUUCUUGCUUAUACCUGUCUUAUUUGUUACGCGUGUGUUUGUUGCGCGCAAUGCUCACGUGACAGAAAAGAUGGCGUUAGUAACAGCAGCAAAGCCUGUUUUGACAAAUAAAUUUUCAUCAAAUACGCUCAACAAGCCUAUCGGCAGAAAGAAGUGGCCGAAAUGGAUCCCAGACCACUGUCUGAUCAUUUGCACUGUCUGCGCGUCGAUCCCAGCGCCUUGUGCCGAUUUGGCAGCCAUUCGCCUGAUGACAGAGGAGAUUGGCAGCGUCAGAUGCAAGCAUGGAGAUAGUCACAUUCCAACACCUUCCCUGCACACGAUAAAGGUA